AUGCGCUACUCGCACUACCGUACUCUCCUCGAUGUGGAGCGGCAGCAGCGGGGCGAUCGCCACGGAUGGGGGACUCGCGUGCGUCACCUGACGUGGCUAACCGCGGCGCUCUUCGGCCUCUACGUUGUUUUCAUGUACAGCGUGUGGCGUCACCCGCGGCCGGUGCGUCGCGUGUGGAUCGACAAUGUGCUGGUGGAGGUGGUGGAGGACCACUGGGCGGACAGGGUGCGAGUCUGGUUGCUCUACGGUAGCCUCGGCUGCGGUACGCUCCGCGUUCUGCUACACCGCAUCUUAUGCCCUGCCAUGCCCGCAGCACCGCCUGGCAAUACUGAGGCCACGGCAGCUGUCAGUGAGAGGAUGCGAGGCGGCCGAGCUAGGGCCAGCACUACUACUGCCAACAACACAUCUCUACCAUCACUGAUGAAGGAGAUAAGCACGAUUGCGGUACCGGCGUGGGCUCGGCGUCGGUCUGAUGGCCUGCCCCACGGCACCAGUGGCGCAGUGUCUGCGGACGCGACCGCUGCUGCAGCCGCUGGCUUAGCCCAGCGGAGGAGCACAUUUGAUCCAACGCGACCCAUGCGCACCGAGAAGGACCUCGAGUGGUUCCUCGCGUGUGAGAGCGCGCAGCAGCAGCAGCGGCGCUCCGCGGAAGCUGCGUUCUCUGGCACAACCGCGCUUCCCUACCGCGAUAAGAGUGGGGCUGCUGCGGCGGGUGGCGGCGGCGUGGAUAGCGGUGCCGCGGAUGCCGCCGAGCGCAAUGUAAUCUCUGUACUCUAUGAAAAGAGGCUGUUGAAUCAGCGUGGCCGCAGCACCGCUGCGGCACCUGCCUCUUUCGGCUCAUCCUCCUCCCCGCAGUCGUCAUCGUCGUCCAUCCCCUGGGCAGAGCUUGGCAUCUUCCAUCUCGAAGAGGCCCUCCAGCGCACACGGGAGUGGAUGAGCGAUGUGUGUCGCCGCCUGGUGGCCGACGUGGAGCAGUGCGACCGCUGGUUCAACGAGCAUCAGAUCGAGGCGUAUGAUUGCCAUCACUCCCUGCAGGAGCUUCUGCCGACGCCGCCACCGCCUACGCAGCCGGCGGCGAUGACCUCGAUCUCUACGAUGUGUUGGGGCCCGCCGGCACCUGCACCCUCCGCAGCCGCCGCUCCCCAGCACGAGACCAAGCUGGCCGCCCUCGUGAGGGAGAAGGGGUACUGUCGUCAGAUGCAGCAGGGGAUGCAGGAGCUGGACACGGCGCUGAGGUUCGAUCAGCGCCUCACGCUAGAAGCACGCCUCGAUGUUAGCGGAACCUUCCCCUCUUCAUCUGUCUCACGACCCUCCAAUGCUGAACUGACGGCCUGCCGCGAGUACGUGGUGGAGCGUUUGCGGACGCUCGCCAAACAGCGUUAUCUCAUCUCGUACAACAGUAGCGGCGGUGAUGUGGAGACGUGGCGCAAUGGCUUCCCCUGCGAUGCCCAUCUCCUCCUGCACGUCCUGCGUACGUCAGUGAAGGGGCUAAGCGAGUACGUGCUGUUCGGCUAUCAGACAGGGCUGCAGGCGCAGGACCUCGCGCUCUACGUCGGCGACACCGGCGAGCCGUACUUCUACGUGCGCCUCCGCCAGGGCAGCAGCGAGACACUUUUCUCCACCCGACAUGGCCCAACGUCGCUCAUGGAGGCCAUACUGGCAUUCGCGGCGGUCGUGCACGUCUACUACCACGACGUGUACGGCGGUGUGCGCAGCACGGUGGACCUAAACGAGGUGGGGUUGCUCAAGGUGGUGACGGAGGGUCGUCGAACGGCCUGGGUCAGUACCGGGGGAGAGUGGUGA